AUGGCCAGCAAAGUCAAACCUGGCGUCACGUCCACGGGCAUCAUCCCUGUUAUUCCUCCAAUUCCCCUUUCUGUUCCAGCUCAAGGUAGUAGAGGUAGUAAUCCUCGUAAGGAUCCUUCCGAGGGCAAAAACAGAGAGAGCGUACCAACAAAGCUCGAUCAUUCUCUCCCCAUUACUCACGACCCAAACGCUCAUCAAAAGAUUGUUCGUCACCGGUUUCUUUCCUCCGCAGAGUGGACAGUCAUUGCCAACGGCAUUGGCGGACUAAAAGAUGGCGAAAGCCACCAGCCGACCCAUCCUACACAUUGGCUAUGGCCAUCACUUGGCAUGCCUCGAGGGCUGUAUCGCGAGGUUGUUGCGCACAAAUAUCGGUUUUAUCUCCUAUUCCACUUCACCAGUGUUCUCCGAUGGAUGCUCAUGGUCGUUCAGCUUCUGAUUGGGGCGGCCCUGACGGCUCUGGGUGCCAUGUCCCUGGUAAAUGGAACGCCCAUCACAAUUCUCGCCGCUGUCAACACUGCGAUGGCUGGGUUUCUUGCACUUCUGCACAACAGUGGUCUUCCAGAUCGAUACCGGAACGACAUGGCAGAGUUUGAAGAAAUCGAAGAUCACAUCAAGGAAGUAUUAAACUCAAGCAUCGUUCCCGCCGGUCAGACUGCUGAACAAGUUCUUGCUGAAUUCUUUGACCGGUACCGUGAAGCCAAGUCGACAGUUGCAGUGAACAUGCCCGCGAAUUAUGCCUCAAAACAAAUGCUUUCGCCCGAAAAGCAGAUCAACAAGGGAAGCUUUAAUCCAGGACCGGGAACGGGACCAGUUCCAGCGAAUAGAAACGUCAAAGGGUCCUAUGCUAAUGUCCACUCUGGCACGGAUAACGGCGCCCAGGCAUAA